ACUGGCGGAAGUUGUGAGCUGCCAUUGCAGUCGGAAAGCUCUGUCCGUGUUGCAUGAUUAACCGGCUGUAGAAACUGUUUUUUUUUCUCAAAUUAGUUUUAAGAAUAUUAUGAGAAUGUUGCGAGUGAAGCAAGAGAUUUUGGAAGAAGACGAGAAAGGAAAACUUUUUGUCGGUGGUCUAUCAUGGGAAACAACUCAGGACAAUUUGCAAAGGUAUUUUGCAAGGUACGGCGAGGUAAUCGACUGCGUAGUUAUGAAAAAUGCCGAGUCCGGUAGAUCCCGUGGUUUUGGAUUUGUGACAUUUUCCGAUCCAGGCAAUGUUAAUGUUGUUCUGCAGAACGGUCCCCACACCUUAGAUGGAAGAACUAUCGACCCCAAGCCAUGCAACCCUAGAACCCUUCAAAAACCUAAGAAAGGCGGUGGAUAUCCCAAGGUGUUUUUGGGUGGUUUACCAUCCAAUGUUACCGAGACAGAUUUGAGGUCGUUCUUUACACGGUUUGGAAAGGUUAUGGAGGUGGUGAUUAUGUAUGACCAAGAGAAAAAGAAAUCAAGAGGAUUUGGAUUUUUAUCCUUCGAGGAUGAUGACGCUGUUGACAGAUGUGUAUCGGAGCACUUUGUUAAUUUGAAUGGGAAGCAGGUGGAGAUCAAGAAGGCCGAGCCCCGCGAUGGUUCCGGGGGCAACAAAAUGGGCGGUGCAGAUCCAACGUCCGCCUGGGGCCCCCCUCAGGCACCCAUGGGCAUGAUGCAGGGUCCCAACGGUCAGAUGGGCGGGCCUCCCAUGAACUUGGGCGCACCCAUGGGUCCGAACAUGAUGCAGAGCUAUCAGGGAUGGGGAGCCUCCCCUCAGGGACAGAACUACGGCGGAUACGGUACCCCCUCGGGUCCGGGCACUUAUCAGAGCUGGGGCGCUCCACCCGCUCCCCAAGGACCGCCACCCCAGUGGGGCAACAGCUACGGGGGCCCCCCGCAACAGCAGGGAUACGGAUCUUAUGGUGAGUUGGAUUCGAAUUUUGCUUUAGGUCCAAGCGCCGGAAGCGGCGCCGCAAGCUGGAACAGCUGGAACAUGGCGCAGAACAGCGGAUCUACCGGACCGUCUGGUUACAUUGCAGGGGAUAUGUACUCGAGGCAGUCUGGUCCUGGUGGACCUGGGGCCACGCCCUCUGCCCCGCCUAACAUGUCCUCUUCCAGCGCAGCCUCGAAGCCAGGUUCGGACUACUCCAACUACGCUGGCUACGGUUCCUACACCGCUGACGCAGGCUACGGGGCCCCACCGAGGUCCUACGGCAGCGACGCUGGCUCCCAGAUUGGUGGAUACUCCUCCCAGCCCCCGAACGCAGUUGGAAAUGUGUUGGCAUGAAGAGGGCAGCAGGACAGGUCACUCCCGCCAAUCUCAAUUAUUCUGAUUAGACAGACAUAUGACCCAAUGGAAUCAGCCGUCUGUUAAGUUAACCUCGACCGUAUUACUUAAUCCACACACACACACACAUCAUGGACCUGUCUUUUAAAAAAAAAAAACUUUUUUAAACCUAAUUUUAUCUAUUAUUAACGACGGUUCGACUUGACCGGAUUUCAUCGAUACAAACUAACGAAAACUAUGAAAAUCAACUCGAAUCUUUUUGCGAAUUAGGAAUAAUUGUUUGUAUCAUGAACCCCAUGUUCGGGUUAACCGUCUGGUAGAUAUCUAAAAUUGUUAAGACAUCUUCUGAGUACAGACAGACAGAAACGUUGACUAUUUUUAAGCAUCGCUCAAUUGUUAAGAAAGUAAACAGUAAUAUAUUUAAAAAUAGAAUAAAUUGAAAUUUACCUCAUAUCUUAUAUGAUUAGAAUGUCUGACUGGUUUGCCUUGAAAUAAAAAAAAAAAACAAAAUAGGUUAUUAGAUGCUAAGGUUUUUAAAGUUAGGUUUAAAUGCAUUUACCUCUUGUCGCAAACUGAAUUAUAAUUAGGUGUACUGUAUUUCGAACUGCGCGAAACUAGAAUCUUGAAACGAACGGUGAUAAGUUGAUCAUUCUCUAGUCUCGAUAUUUUCCUUAACUUAAUGUCCAAGAAUUGUAAGUUGUACAUAUACCGUAGAAAAGUAUUCGAGUCUUGUAUAUUCAAUUUUAUUAUCUCACCAGCAGACAAUCUAAUUAUCAUAUUGAAAGGAAUCAGGAACUCCCAAGUGAUCCUCUGAUGAUAUCUUUAGACCACUAAUAUUUGAUAAAUAUUGAUUUUUAUACUACUACUUGUUAAUUGAUGACCACCAAAAGUAGUAACCGUAAGAUUAAGAUUUUUUUAAAGUAAGAUCUGGCUGUACUGUUUGAUCAGACCGUGCCAGCUGGCCAGCCUAUAUUAGUGGGUAUAGAACCAGUUACAAAAAAAAAACAUUUACUUGCUAAAUAGUUGAUUUAACUUUUUAGUGGUGCGCUGAUUUUCCAAGCCAACUAUGAACUGACUUAAAGCAAGUGACAGCUAGAAAAAAAUAUUUUUGCCGACAUUAGGCUGGACACCUUGCAUCGUUGUUCUCGUUUGUAAUUCUUUUAUCCAAACCGUACUUCUAAUAAUAGUCAAAAAUCGUUUGCACCAAAUAUAAUUUAAAUUCUGUUGUUGAUUAAUGUUAUACAUUUCAUGAUUGUACAUUUUAUUUAUUUUUUUACAUCUUUACAUAUUUUAAGCUGAAUUAUUUAUUAUCCUAAUUUAAGUUGUUGCAUUUUUACAGUUUUGAAGUCCUAUAAUAGUCGUUCGAAAUAAUUAUUCUGUUAGCGUAAGUUGUUAAGUUGAACUGGUUGUGAUAGUAACCAAUGAAAUUUAAGUGUUAGACUGUAUUUCUAAAGACGCGAACUAGCUGUUAUUUGUUCUUAAGCUGGUAAAGCCUUCAUCAAGCCAAUAUUCAGAUAAGAUAAGUGUAGCAAGUAAAUGAUAUAAGGUAGUUACGAACCAAGGUGAUUUUUAUCUUAAGUAGAAUUUGAAAAUUCUGUCUGUCUGGGCAACAUCUGUCUAUCUAAUCAAGUAUAAUUGAUUUUUCUCUUUAUUUUAUACAAAUUUUCCUCUUGAAAUUGAGUGUGACAAUCUAUUUAAGCAAUGUUCAUCUUAACUUAGAGGUAACAAUAUUGUUGUUUUCUAGUUUUAGUUGUAACAACUCCUCAGUUGACACAGACCAAGAUUUAAAAAAAAAUGUUAGACUUAGGAUUUGAGUAUCCCUUUCAUUUAUGGUGGGGGAAUUGUAUAUACACAAGCAUUCAAAUUAUUCAGAAAAAACGAUUUAUCUAAUUGUUCACACAUAAUUAAUAGCACGUAGUCUGUAUAUUAGACAGUUACCAGUUCCGGUAUCCAUACACUAAAACUUGUUUACCUGUAGGAGUAAUGCAGGCUUGAACUGGUCAAAAAAAAAUAAAAAAAAUACAAAAAAAAACAUAAAAUAUAAAAAACGCGAAGCGCUCUUCGUCUACUAAAAUUUCAUUUUGUGCAUGUACUAAAUUCAUGUUUACUCUUAUUGCGAUUUUUUGUGGGUUAAUGUUUCUGAUCCUUUCUCUUUUCGAUGGGAUUUUUUUUAACAAAUCAUUUAUGUUGUGAUUUUUCAUAGCAGUUCGCUUCUUUCUUUAAUUUCCAUUCGAUUAUGCGUCAUUUCUCUAAUCGGGUGAAAAGAAAUGUUUAUCAUUCAUCGUUCAGCUUUCUUCUUGAUCCUGAUGCUUUUUUUUCCUGUUUAUUCUGCAUAGAAGAAAAAGAUUAACAUUUUGAUGAUACAUCUAGUUUCUCUCUUAUUUCUGAAUGUUGCAUUCGUAAUAUUUUCACGAGCUCGAAGAUAGUUGGGAUUUAAAUCCUUAAAAUCCGUGAAGAAUCUCAACUUUUUGGAAGCUCGCGUGGAAUAAUGGUCCUUCGAUCGUUACGACUCCGGUUGAAUUGUUUGGAGUUAUUCAUCGAAGGAUUUCUGAAAUACCUAGAAUACAAUGAAUGACUGAAUAAUCAUGUAGGCUUCAUUGUUAAAAAAGAUGUUAGUUUUUCUUAAUUAUUUGUCAUAAAUUUUCGGUUAUACGCAUAAGUAAAAACUUAGGAUACAACCAACUGUUGCCUUAUUUAAUUGAAUUAAAAACAGUUUUGAAGUAUUGAAUUGACAUCACCCUAAACUAGCUGCAUCAAUCGAUUCGUCCAACUUUUAUUUAGCCCCAGGUCAAACUGGUUUCCACUGAAAGUUUGAGUAUUUUCACCAUCGUGGUUCUAUCCGAAUGAGUUUUGUACGUUCGUCUGGGUGUUGUUCAAUGUGAGAUUUGUGGAAUUUCUUUUGAAUAUGUAAUGCAGUUAGUUUUAUACUAAUAAAUGAAGGGACAGUACAAAUUAACAGACAGUUAGGUUUAAAAAUUCUGAGUCGUGUUUUGGGGUAGUGUUGAAAUAAAUUUUUCUCUGACUUUUUGCAAAUUGAUUGUAGGUAUCGCUAUUUCUGUCUCGGAGUUGAAUGGAGAAUAUCUGACGUCACAAUACACACGAGUAUAUUAAUAUACAUUUACUCUAAUAAGUAAAUAUUGUUUACGACUAGUUUUUAGAUUUAAUACCUUGAUACAAAAUAAAUCUAAACUAUCGAUAUAGAUUAUUUAUGAAACUGUAUUUUAUAUUGGAAUAUCACUGAUAUAAUUAAUUGAAUUGUUAGACUAAUAAAUUCUAUUAGAGGAGUAAAAAUUAGAACAAUUCGACUGAUGUACAGGUACAUAUAAGUUUUAAAUUAAACUAUUAUACAAUAAAAAUAUGGUUAGGACGUUUAUUAUAGUGCAAUUCUGAUAGUUCAUUACAUAAGAUGUUCUCAAUAAUUUUUAAACUAAUUUAAACUAAGACAUGUACUCUUUUAGACACGUCAUUGAAAAUCGAUAAAAUAUCUGUUGCUCAAAAGAUAUUAUUUUGUAUUACAUUCAUUAAAAUAAGAAAAAUUCGAUCAGGCAAUUAUAACUACUAGGAAAGAACUGUAUAUUUAAUAUAUGAGUGUGACUUGUAAGUGUGUAAGUUGUUUUCUAAUUCUUAAGUCUGAUGUAUUUAUCGACCUGUUGAUUAUUGCAUAAGGUAAUUCAUUACACCAAGGUUCUAGGUCUCAAUAUAUCUGGCUUUCAAGUAAAUUUCCCUCAUUUUAUUUUUUUUUUCGUUCAGAAUUCUUCGAAGCCUGAAUUUGCGAUGAGAUCUGUUAUUUUGUUACGCUCUUCAUUUUUAUAAUGUCGAUCUUUUUAUCAAAUUUGUCAUAUUUUUGUGUUGGGCGUGAGUAGUCAUAACCAACUGGUCACAAUCUUAUUCCAGUAAUUUUGUGACUAUUUUUGCACUGGACAGCUUUGAAGUGGAAUGGGAUGUCUUCAAAUAUUGUAAUAAAUAGGCCGGCUGAUCCUUGUACUUGGUGAGUCGAUCAAGUCGAAGCCUUUAAUUUUCAAGGGAGAAUUCUGUAAUUUUUAAUUCAUGAUGCACUCUAAUCUAACUCAAUCCCAUUCGGCUUCUUUGGUCUCUUGUGGAGCUUUGAAUUCUACCAUUUUCGUUUCAUUUUCGAAUCACCAUAGUGUUAACUUUCUACCUUUACUAGUUUUUAAAGCUUAAUCGAGGUGAAUAUUAAUCUCUAUAGUCACGGUUGUUUCAAGGUUUCUUGUAGUAGUAGUAGUACUUGUUGAAAAAACUGGUUAAAUAUGUGUUUUAAGAAGUAAUAUAUUUAUCAGUAGUGCAUUUGUAAUAGGGUAGUUAUCUUUACAAUAUAUAAUAUGAAUAAACUAGGCUGAGGAAUUCAUUAGUUAACAAAAUACUUACAAAACAAUGUACCUAUGGACUAAUAUGCGAAAAUGGUAAAUAUAAACUUAAAAUUC